GCGGGGCGGGGCGGAGGUGGGAGCGGGGUGCCGGGGAGCGGCGGCGGCGGCCGGCGCCUGUUGCCCCGAGAGAGUUAACGGUGCGGGGAAACUCGCCGCUCCUCCGCCCGUGCCGGGCGCCUGGCAACCGGGGCGCUGCGCAUGUAGGGCCGCCGGGGGCUGCCGCCGCCGCCGCCUCCCCUUCCCCCCCAUCCUCCCCCUCUCCCGCCGGGCCCCACGUCCCCCUCCCCGCCCCGGACAAGGCGUUUAACGUGCCCAGGCGUGAAGUAUGGCAUGCAAAGAUGGUUUCUGCCAAGGAGCCAGCCAUCGCCAUGUCCUCGGGUCUCUCCAUCGCCCUCCUGCACUGCCUGUGCCUGGCGACGUGUCUCACCGGGCCGCCAGGGCAGAGCAAAAAAGAGGAGAAAUUGUGGCCGGAGAAUUUCACCAGCAUCCUGAACAGCCUCCUGGAUGGCUAUGACAACCGGCUGCGACCGGGAUUCGGGGGUCCUGUUACUGAGGUCAAAACAGACAUCUACGUCACCAGUUUCGGACCUGUUUCUGAUGUAGAAAUGGAGUACACUAUGGACGUCUUCUUCCGCCAGACGUGGGUGGACAAGAGAUUAAAAUACGAUGGCCCCAUUGAAAUUCUCAGACUGAACAACCUGAUGGUCUCCAAGGUGUGGACUCCUGACACUUUCUUCAGGAAUGGGAAGAAGUCUGUUGCACACAACAUGACAGCCCCAAACAAACUCUUCAGGAUCAUGAGGAACGGCACCAUCCUGUACACCAUGAGGCUUACAAUAAGUGCAGAGUGCCCCAUGAGAUUAGUGGAUUUUCCCAUGGAUGGUCAUGCUUGUCCUCUCAAAUUUGGGAGUUAUGCCUACCCAAAGAGUGAAAUGAUUUAUACCUGGACAAAAGGACCUGAGAAGUCUGUGGAAGUUCCUGAGGAGUCUUCCAGUUUAGUUCAGUAUGAUCUGCUGGGGCAUACAGUAUCCACUGAAACCAUUAAAUCUAUUACAGGUGAAUAUAUUGUUAUGACAGUUUACUUCCACCUGAGACGGAAAAUGGGUUAUUUUAUGAUUCAGACCUACAUCCCAUGCAUCAUGACUGUGAUCCUCUCUCAAGUUUCCUUUUGGAUAAAUAAGGAGUCUGUUCCAGCCAGAACUGUCUUUGGGAUCACCACGGUGUUGACGAUGACGACGCUGAGCAUCAGCGCCAGACAUUCACUGCCAAAAGUAUCCUAUGCUACUGCCAUGGACUGGUUCAUAGCUGUCUGCUUUGCCUUCGUCUUCUCUGCUCUCAUUGAGUUUGCUGCUGUCAACUAUUUUACUAACAUUCAAAUGGAAAAAGCCAAAAGGAAGACAGUCAAAUCCCUCCUGGAAUUCCCAGUGGCUCCAGUGCAACGAGAAAGGCACACGGAGGAGACAUCUGUGAGUACAGAUGCCAAUUCAAACGUGAGGAAAAGAACCAACGCCACAGUGCAGUCCGAAGCUGACGGUGGGAGCCGAAUUGACACAAGGCACAGCUCCAUCCAGCCUCCCUCUGUAGCUCAGGGGUCUUCUGACACUACACCCCACUCCCUUUCUGCAUCAAGUCCCAACCCUUUCACACGCCUCAAUGCAUCAGAGACAUUAUCUUCUGCAAGAGCUACCCCUCCAGCUCCUCCUUCUACCCCAAUUUUAACUGGAUUUGUAUCCCAGCAUGCCACAGCUGGAUCCCCUUCCAUUCAGCACUUGCUUGGAUCUAGACUGGAGCAGAUUCAGACCACCACACCUAAUACCUUAGGAGCAUCUGCAAAGCCAUCUGCUGUCCCACCACCUGCUCCCCCUGCCUCCCACUCUGGCACGAGUAAGAUAGACAAAUAUGCACGCAUUUUAUUCCCUGUUACCUUUGGAGCAUUUAACAUGGUCUACUGGGUGGUGUAUCUAUCCAAGGAUACCAUGGAAAAAUCAGAGAGUCUAAUGUAGUUUUUGCUGCUAUGUAGUAGUUCCUGAAUUAUACUCCUGUUUGAUGCAGAGUUUCUUCUUUUGAAACUAUUUAAACCAACCAAAAAAGGUCAAUAACUCUUCUUUCUAAAAGCUGUGUGCCACUUUCCCCUUGUAAAGGCUGGAGUUAGUGGGGAUGAUUAGUUCACUUCUACCAGACUAAUGGGUAACAGGUUUGCCUCCUUCCCUUCAGCUGGCAGUCAACCAUGGCUCUCUUCAGGCAGACUAAGCCUUUGGGAGGAGCAUGCACCUAAAAGAAAUGGGAGGCAGAGGUGCCACAGCUGUGCAGUGGAACCACAGCUUGACUGCUAAGAGCAUUGCACGUUGAUGGUUACGAAUCCCCCAGGCACCCAGCGCCGCUGUCUGGACACAGAAUUGCCUUCUCAGAGGGCAAGGUCCAUCUCCUGAAGGUUUUGACAGCUAGAACAGGACUUACCCUCCUAGAUUUAAAAUUGGCAGAACUUGGGAGGAGGAGGGGAAGGAAACUGAGAAAGAAAAGAGAGUCCAGCCUGGGAGAGUGCAACUCCAGAGAAGUGAUGCAAAGGAGUUGUAGAGCUCGGAAUGUCUUUACUGAGCGUCCUUUUGCGUUGCAAGCUGGGAACUGCUCACUCCAACAAGCAAACCCACAGUGAGUGAGCCUUGUAAAACCUGAAAGCUGCUGUCAUUCUGAAAAUUGGAGGGGUUGGUGUCUGUUUGAUAAGUGUGUGAUUCUUCUUUGACCUUGCUGACCAGCCCGAGGGGAUUUCUUCCUAAGUUAAAUCCAUCGCGGCAGGUGAGGACCAGCCCUACAAUGUUCAACGUUUUAUUUCCAUACUUCUUCCUUUGGAUGCUUUGGCUUUAGCCUUGGUUUUAAACUUCUUUCUUUCCUUUUUAAUUUCCCCCUGAUAUUAUUCAGUCACGCUCCUCUGAUUUCCUUUAAACACAAAUCCCCCCCUUUAUAUAGUAUUUACCUCUGAUUUCCUUUAAACAUCUCCCCCCCCUUUAUAUAGUAUUUACCUCUGAUUUCCUUUAAACACAUCUCCCCCCCCUUUAUGUAGUAGUUGCCUCUGAUUUCCUUUAAACACAAAUCCCCCCCUUUAUGUAGUAAUUGUCUCUGAUUUCCUUUAAACACAGCCCCCCUCUUUACAUAAUAUUUGCCUCUGAUUUCCUUUAAACAUCUCCCCCCCACCUUUACAUAGUAUUUGCCUCUGAUUUCCUUUAAACACAGCCCCCCUCUUUACAUAAUAUUUACCUCUGAUUUCCUUUAAACACAGCCCCCCUCUUUACAUAGUAUUUUCCCCUGAUUUCCUUUAAACACAGCCCCCCUCUUUACAUAGUAUAUGCCUCUGAUUUCCUUUAAACACAGCCCCCCUCUUUACAUAGUAUUUGCCUCUGAUUUCCUUUAAACACAGCCCCCCUCUUUACAUAGUAUAUGCCUCUGAUUUCCUUUAAACACAGCCCCCCUCUUUACAUAGUAUUUUCCCCUGAUUUCCUUUAAACACAGCCCCCCUCUUUACAUAGUAUAUGCCUCUGAUUUCCUUUAAACACAGCCCCCCUCUUUACAUAGUAUUUGCCUCUAAUUUCCUUUAAACACAGCCCCUCUCUUUACAUAGUAUUUGCCCCUGAUUUCCUUUAAACACCUAUUUCCCUCCCCACCCCUUUACAUAAUAUUUGAGUCAAGCUAAAAUUACAGCAGGGUGUUAAAAGUGGCUUCAAAAUCAAGCCAAGCAAAUUUCCCUGCAUUUUGUUAUGCAUGGCUCUGGCACAUCUUUUGAGCAACACCCUCUUGGGAAGGAGUGCUGUGACAUUAAAUAAGUAAAGAAAGGUUCUUGGUGGAGCCUGGGAGGGUAGUGGAAUAAAAUCUUUAUGAUUCAUUUGUUUCUCUUAAAGCAUGACAGGGAUAGACACUUCUCUUAGUGGCUCAGGUUGCAAUGUUCAAGCAGGCAGCUUCAUUAAAGCAUUUAGUUGAAAACCUGAUAGAAAUCUUGAUCAGAAAUGUGCUUUUCAAGCAGAAUGGGUGCAGGAUGCUCUGGCAGUUAGUCUUAAAAGGCUUGUCAGGAUCCAUCUGGCUGGGCAAAUGGUUUGCAUUUCUGUGCAAAGCAAAGGGCAAGUGCUCAGCUGUGAUCUGGCUGUGCCAUGGAAGGCUCUGGGCUAAGCCUUAGUUUGGGUUGGUUGGAGUAGCAGAUUGGCUGCAUGUCAGCAAAGUUUCGUGUUGGAGGGCAGAUCAGGGGAGUGUUGCUUGUUCUGUGCCCAGGUGGCUGAUGGAGAGAUCACAGGAGGCUGGGCUAGUUGAGGACAUGCACAAGACUGCUCUAGACUAUGUUGGGACAAGAAUCAGAAUAAAAACUGCCACAGAGGUGAAACUAUGACUGUAUCUCUGUGCCUCUUUCUGUCUUUCCAAACCUUUUAGCCAGUGCAUGGCUGAGAAUCUGACCUUUAGUCUACCUGGGAAACUGCAGGGCUUGGUGCUAGGUUGGGCUGGAUGAGAUUGGAGGUCUCUUCCAACCUGGUUGAUUCUAUGACUCUAUGCUGCUCUGUGUACUGCAGAGUGCAGUGAGGAUGCCAAGCAGCUGUGUCAUGUAUAGUAUUGGACUAUCAGUGUUUGGCAGUCCAAUGUUGGAGCUCUUCAGCCUGGAGAAGAGAAGGCUUUGAGGAGACCUUGUAGUAGCCUUCCAAAAUCUGAAGGGGCCUACAGGAGGGCUGGGGAGGGACUUUUUACAGGGUCUUGUAAUGACAGGAUGAGGAGGAAUGGGUUUAAGCUGGCAGAGGGGAGAUUUAGACUGGGUGUUAGGAAGAAGUUCUUUACAGUGUGGACAAGAGGGAAUGGAUUGAAGCUUGAAGAGGGCAAAUUUAGACUGGAGACUAGGAAGAAAUUCUUUCUAGUGAGGGUGGUGAGACACUGGCACAGGUUGCCCAGGGAGGUUGCGGAUGCUCUGUCCCUGGAGGUGUUCAAGGUCAGCUUUUUUGGAGCCCCCUUCAGAUCCUGGAAGGCCACAAGAAGGUCCCCUGGGAGCCUCCUCUUCUCCAGCCUGCACAGCCCCAACUCUUUCAGUCUGUGCUCACAGCAGAGCUGUUGCAGCCUCUCAGCAUCCUCCUGGCCCUGCUCUGGACACUCUCCAGCAUCUCCACAGCCCUCUUGUCCCAGGGGCUCCAGAACUGGAUGCAGGACUCCAGGUGGGGUCUCAGCAGAGCAGAGCAGAGGGGGAGAAUCCCCUCCCUGGCCCUGCUGGCCACACUGCUGCUGCUGCAGCCCAGGCUCUGCUUGGCUUUCUGGGCUGCAAGUGCACACUGCUGGCUCCUGUUGAGCUUCUACUCCUGCAGCCACCACCAUUUUAACUCCUUUAAAUCAAACUCUGAGCUUUCCCUGCACAACCCUGUCCACUGCAACCAAACAAUUUAAACUCAUUUAAAUCAAACUCUGAGCUUUCUUUUCCAUGCACAGCCCUGUCCAUUGCAACCAAAGCAUUUAAACUCCUUUAAAUCAAACUCUGAGCUUUCCUUUCCCUGCACAGCCCUGUCCAUUGCAACCAAAGCAUUUUAACUCCUUUAAAUCAAACUCUGAGCUUUCCUUUCCCUGCACAGCCCUGUCCAUUGCAACCAAACCAUUUAAACUCAUUGAAAUCAAACUCUGAGCUUCCCUUUCCCUGCAAAGCUCUGUCCAUUGCAUCCAAAGCAUCUGAGUUUUAGUUCUGGGCAUUGUAAGGACUCUUCCCAGUGGAAAAGAAUAGGAAGCUUUUAAAAGUACUUUUAUCUUUGCUGUCUGUAAAAGCCAUGGCUCAAGCAGCAGAGUAGAAAUGCUUCUUUAGCACCCUCUUAGGGAACCCCUUAACUUGCCUGUCAGUAAUUUACCACUUCUGCAAUAUGUGCCUGUCCUAGAUGCAUGUUGCAAGAGUUCCUGUGCCAUGCCAAAUCCUUUCAUUUGUCCCUUUGUAUUGACUCAUACACGGGGCAAAACUGUAAGGAAACUGAAGCAAAAGUUGGGGGUAGGGAGGUUGGAGUUGAAUUCUUUUACCCUAUUCCUCAUGCUCAUUUUUGUUGCAUGGAAGCAGGUGGCUGGGAGGCUUGGAAGGAUCAAAUGAGUGGAAUGCACACCUUCAGUGCUGGCAGACCAAAGAGGUGGUUUGAUAGCUGUCAACUUGUUUUGCUGUCGUGCAGCUUAGCUGUUCCCUUCCGGUAUUACGACCAUCUAUGUAUCUGGAACACAAAUAAAUCCCUCUUGCAAGAAAGGUUGUGCAAAAAAAAAAACCCACCCAAACAAACAGGCAAGAAAAAGAAUUGUUCCUAUUAUACUCCAGUGUAUAUUGAUGUCCAAUAAAAGCCAAGCGUGAGAGUUCUUAAA